GAUGCUGCAACACAGUUUCACUUUCAUCUUCAUACCAAUCUAAAAAACUAAGAGAGAAAAUCCUGCAAAUACUUGUGGUAGGGGACCAUCACAGCUUUCAAUUCCAAUGGAGGAAGUAACACCAGAGCUUGGACUACCGGGGUUCAGGUUCCACCCAACGGAGGAGGAGCUUCUUGAUUUCUACUUGAAGAACAUGAUUUGUGGGAAGAAGCUACGGUGUGAUGUAAUUGGAUUUCUCAACAUCUAUCACCAUGAUCCCUCGGACUUGCCUGGGUUGUCAAAAAUUGGGGAGAGGGAAUGGUACUUUUUUGUGCCUAGGGACAGGAAGCAUGGCAGUGGAGGGAGGCCUAACAGGACCACUGAAAAUGGGUUCUGGAAAGCCACUGGUUCUGACCGGAAAAUCUUCAGCUUAUCUGAUUCUAAACGCAUAAUUGGGCUGAAGAAGACCCUUGUUUUCUACAAGGGAAGAGCCCCUCGAGGAACCAAGACUGAUUGGGUCAUGAAUGAAUAUCGCCUUCCUGAUGGCUGCCCCUGGCCUAAGGACAUUGUUCUGUGCAAGAUAUACAGGAAAGCAACUUCCUUGAAAGUCUUGGAGCAAAGGGCUGCCCUGGAAGAAGAGACAAAGGCAAUGCAAACAUUCCCUUCAUCUCCACAAUCCUCAAUAGAGACAAUCCCAUUUUGCAUCCCACAGGCGGAAUUCUCAGCAUCAUUUUCCGCACCCCAAGUAGUCUUGAAGCAGGAAAAAGAAGACACUCCAAUGGUGGAUGUUAUGAAAGAUGAAAUGGUAAAGGAGAACAAGAAGGAAUCUUCAGCAUCCCUGCAAAUGCCCGUUGGCAAGGAGAACUUGCCAGAACUUCAACUACCCAAAAUGGGAAUGGAUUGGACCCAGGAUCCAUUCUGGACUCAGCUAAACAGCCCUUGGCUUCAGAAUUUGACUCCUUAUGCCAACAUUUUGAACUUCUAGUUUCUUGAUUACCCAGUUCAGCUUUAAUUUAGACUCUGGUAUUUGUAGAUAGGCUAUUAUAUUUAAUGAUCUUGUUCUUCCUUUCGUGGAAAUCUAGUCUGUUGUUUGGGACUCUGAUAAUCUGAUGAUUUCAUGUCAUCCAUCAGCAAAAUUCUGAGCUGAGUGCUAAAGAGGAUGGCCAACUUUUUUAAUUUUGUUAAUGGCAAAACUAUGCAUAAAAUCCAAAAGUGUUU